AUGGCGGAGUCACCUACCUCUUCUCUGCUUGAGGUGGUGGGGCACCUGCAGUCGCGGCUCCUGCAAAACGCUACACCCCAAAAGCUGCUGAAAAGUUUGAAGAAGCUGUCAGCCUUACCUAUCACACUAGAUAUUCUUGCGAGGACUGGGGUGUGGAAAACCGUGAGUGCUUUGACGAAAUAUGAGAGAGUCGCAGUCUUUGCCACAGGCCUAGUGGCCCAGUGGAAGAAACUUGUCCCAGUGUUUGAAACCACCACCCAGAGUAAGGGGCCAGAGCUGCCGGAGCCUGAGCUGCCGGAGCCUGAGGUGCCGGAGCCUGAGCUGCCGGAGCCAGAGAGACGUCUCUCCCGAAAACGGACUCGAGACACGUUGUCCAAAGAAAGAGAGCUAGAGGGCCACGGUCGGGAAAGUGGGAAGGUAUCCACAGACUAUGACAAACCCCAGGAAAAAAAGGAAGAUCAGCUCAGGCCACCCCGGAAGCCCCACAAAAGGCAUAGUCAGGUCAUUCAAGACAGAGAGGGAGACAACCCAAAGAGACGUUUUGUGAAACCUGAGGUCGAAGUAAUUGUUCAUCACCAUCAUCAUCAAAGCAAAAGUUCCAAGUCUUUCAAGAAAAAAAAGGCUCCAGUGAGUGACAAGGGGAAAGGGAAGUGCUUUGAGCUGAGCCAAGAAGAGCUACAUAACGUUGCUUCCAGAGGAGAGGGUUCAAAUUCAUCCUCUAAAACCAGCCCCAAGGAGAAACAGGUAGCACCCAGUGCUCCCAAGAGAGAGAAGAAAACAGAGGGCAGCAGUGGCAAGAAGAAAUCUGGGCCUCCCCCAGAGAUGGCUCCUGGCAAAUCCAUUCAUAAACCAAAAGACAAGGAUGUUCAGAAAAGAAAAGUGGAAAAGUCCGAGCUAAGUGUUGAUAGCUUGCAUGGAGAGACACGGAAGGGAGAAUUAACUCCCAAAGUACACGACAAAGAAGGUUCCAACAAGUUGAAGACACAGAAGAGAACAGAAGCCCUUAAAGCAAAUAAAACACCCUCCAAAAUUCAAGGAACUCAGGAGUCAGUGGGGGAUGAUGGUUUUGAAGAGCAUUUGAUGUCCUUUGAAUCAUACCUUCUCUAUGACCAGCCCAAGGAGAGAAGGGUGGAUGAAACUACAACUUCUGGUAGCAGAAAGGAGGGCCACCAGAAGCUGGGAAGUGUCAAACCUGAGAUGGAAAGCCACAGUGCAGUUAAAAAACUGCCCAUGCAGAGUUCUAGCCAGCCAAAGAAGAACCAGGCUGGAGCUGGUUCAGCCAAUUUCCAAAAGAGCUCCGAUGGGAUUCCAGCAUUACCAGACCACCCAUCAUGGCCAGGUUCAUCAUCAGUGAAUGGCAUUUCUCACACGCUUUCGUCAGUGCAGACUGUUUAUCGCCCUUCUUUUGGUGAACCGAAUCCUGUCUAUUGGCUGAAAAAGCAAGUACCCGCCACCCCCCAAGAGAACAGAUUAGCUGAAUUUCCUAUGAGUACGGUUAAUUCAAAAAUACAAGUCUACUCAGCCUCUAGAAAUUCCUACACACCAAAAGUUUUAUCCCUGUAUGAACAAUGCAUUAAAGUCCUCAAGAAGAAUAUUGACUUAAUUUAUGAAGUCGGGCAAGUGCCCUACAAUAUACUUACACCAGUUUUGGAGAGGUGUUCCCCUGACCAGCUCUAUAGAAUCGAGGAGUACAAUCCGAUAUUCCUAGAGGACUCUGAUAACUUGUGGAAAGUUCACUGUUCUCGAGAUUUUAGGAGAGAACAGCCAGAAGAAUUCGAAUGCUGGCGUGAGAUGUACCUUCGGCUCCGUGAUGCUCAGGAGCAGCGGCUGCGCCACUUGACCCGUUCAAUCCAAUUAGCUCAUGCCAAAAGACCCCAAGGCCGACAGGCCAAGAUGUUAUUUAUUAGCCCCACGUCCAGGUCUCCUUAUGAUGUUCCAGGAAGACAGCUGUUGAGAGUGGAAGGAACAAAGGUUCUCAAAAAUGCCAGCAUCAACUCUAUCCAGUAUACCUUGAGCAGCAGGAAUUCCUCUGAUAGGGGUGACAGCCAUGCCCAAGACGAGGAGCCAUCUGAUGGUCCAAGUACAAGCAGUGAUCACUUGGCCCCAUCAGGCAGCAAUGAAGGUUCUGAGCAUUCUGAGAAAACACCUGGGAAGAAAGUUGCUCCUAUGUUGGCCGAGUCUAUCAAAACAUUCAAAAAUAGACUUGCCCGGUGUUAA